CUUCAUCACCAUCGCGAUCAGUGCUGGAAGGAAAAAGGAGGCCGUUUGUCACCUCAGCUGUCGUCGCAGUUUGACAAAACACUCAAGAUGACUCAUCAGUUCCCAGCCCUCUCUCCGGAGCAGAAGAAGGAGCUCUCUGACAUUGCUCAGAGGAUCGUCGCUCCAGGAAAGGGAAUCCUGGCUGCGGACGAAUCAACAGGCACCAUGGCGAAGAGGCUGCAGAAAAUCAAUGUGGAGAACACGGAGGAGAACCGCCGCUGCUUCCGGGAGAUCCUUUUCUCAUCCGACCCCUCCAUUGCCAACAGCAUCGGCGGGGUCAUCUUCUUCCACGAGACGCUCUACCAGAAGUCAGACAGCGGCAAACUCUUUCCCCAGGUUAUUAAGGAGAAGGGGAUUGUCGUUGGGAUCAAGGUAGACAAAGGCACAGCUGGUCUGAAUGGAACAGAUGGAGAGACCACCACCCAAGGUCUUGAUGGCCUGUCAGAGCGGUGCGCCCAGUACAAGAAGGACGGCUGCGACUUCGCCAAGUGGAGGUGUGUGCUCAAGAUCUCAGGUGGCUGCCCAUCAGCUCUCGCCAUAGCAGAGAACGCCAAUGUUCUUGCCAGAUAUGCCAGCAUAUGCCAACAGAAUGGCCUGGUGCCCAUCGUGGAGCCAGAGAUCCUGCCUGAUGGUGACCACGACCUGCAACGCAGCCAGUAUGUCACAGAGAAGGUCCUGGCUGCUGUGUACAAGGCUCUGAAUGACCACCAUGUGUACUUGGAAGGAACUCUGCUGAAACCCAACAUGGUCACCGCUGGACACUCCUGCACUAAGAAAUACACCCCCCAGGAUGUCGCCUUGGCAACAGUAACCACCCUGAGGCGCACUGUACCCGCUGCUGUGCCAGGCAUCUGCUUCCUUUCUGGAGGUCAGAGUGAGGAGGAGGCCUCCCUCAACCUGAACGCCAUCAACCAAGUUCCCCUCCACCGCCCCUGGAAGCUGACCUUCUCUUACGGCCGAGCACUCCAGGCCUCCGCUCUUGCAGCCUGGGUGGGCAAAGACGCCAACAAGAAAGCUGCGCAGGAGGCUUUCUUCACCAGGGCGAAGAUCAACGGCCUGGCCUCCAAAGGAGAGUACAAGCCUGCCACCCCAGCCAGCCAGGCUGCUAUGCAGUCCCUUUACACUGCCAGCUACGUCUAUUAAAUGCUAUGAA